AUGGCGACCACCCUGCAUCAGAGGCUGCGGCGCUCCCAGAUUGUGUCGUGUCGAAGGAGAAGUUUCAGGGAACAGGUGGUGAAAAAGACCCUGGGCAGGCUAUGGUGCAUUCUUCUCAUGCAACCAUUGCGUAGGACUCCAAAGCCUCGUCGCAACGAGCAGCGUCUUCUGCUGGAGACAGUGACAACCGCCUCCCAUCAGUUGAAACUGCCCAUGCUCAUCGUCGUGCGGACCAGAGAAGAGAGCUUCGAGCAGAUCAGAUGGAAGUUGCGGGCCAGACCGGGGCCGAAAACGCAAGCAUAG